AUGGCGGGGGGCGGCGGGCGGCCCCGCUGCCCCCCGAGCGCUCUCCUGGGCGUGGCGGCCGUGGUGGUGGCGGCGGGAUGGGUGAGAGCGGAACCGAAGGGAGAACAAUCUAUUGAUUUAAUUGGAAAGAAUGAAGUUUAUGGUGACACCAGACACGAGGUGAAUGUGUACGUUAAGGUGUUCACAAACAGCCCAUUUCUGGUCUGCAUGGAUUUGGCUCUUUCUCAAGAAAGAAUAAUAGAUCCCAAGUAUUUGUGGAUUGGUCCAGAUGGAAGAGAUUUAGAAGGGCAAAGUUAUGUGAAUCUGACGGAGACAGGGAAGCUGAUGGUGAUGGGUUUCAGGGAGUCGAUGUCUGGUGCCUACACUUGUACUCUCUCCCACAAAAUCAUCGAAGCUAUGAGACAAGAAGAAACAGAAAUGGUUGAGGCCUAUAAAUUCAUGGUUUAUGCCUACAGGGAAGCUGACCAUGCCUAUCAGGUGUCUGUUCGCUUUAGCACGAUGCGUUGCAAGCUGAAAACCAAUGGCUUGUUCGUCGAGAAAUUAAACAAAAUCCUCAACAGCACCAUCUCCUACCUGACCUGUCACAUCACGCAGUCAUCCUCCAAGUGCCACUCUAUCAGGACACCAAAGAACGGCCUCCAGUAUGAGCUGUUCGUUAAUUUUCUAGUCAGUCCAUUGGCAUCAGGAUGGGAAGAAGUUUGCCACAAGCUUCCUUAUGACUGUGAAGAUGUGACAAACAGGAGAGUCCGACAGGCAGCAGAGCGAAUUGGAAAGUUUUUCCACCAGCUAAGGCAGAUUUUGGAGUAUGAGCUUCAUGUUGUUCCUGCAGUACAGUACGUGGACAACAGCUUCUCCAUGACUCCCAUCGACAGCUGUCGGCCAGGUUUUGGGAAAAACCACCACACCCACCAGAACUGCGCCAGCUGCUGCGUGGUUUGUGAUCCUGGAACUUACAGUCCCAACAACGAGGUGACGUGCCGGACCUGUGCCAGGCCUCAAGCCAGAAUGUAUGGAGCAAAAUCCUGCUCUUAAACUGGCAGAGAUUGGAAAACCAAAGAGCAGCUGUGAAAGAGUUCUUGGUGUUGUGGUGUUCUUUUCAUUUUCGCUGCCAAUCCUGGAAUCCUCUGCUCCCUUUGGAACAAAACAUCCUCAUUCUUGCACCCCUAGGUUUUCCUGUAUUCAGAGACUCCCUAGACUGGAAAAAGCACCGCUUAAAACAGUGUUCAUGCAAGGAAAAGUAAUUAAAUGGGAAAAAAGGAAGUUUGUCACGUGGC